GACGGUCACGUGCCGGAGAGAAGCUCCACCAUGAGACGAGGUGGAUGGAGGAGGCGAGCUGAAAAUGAUGGCUGGGAAAAAUGGGGUGGGUAUAUGGCUGCCAAGGUCCAGAAAUUGGAGGAACAAUUUCGAUCAGAUGCUACUAUACAGAAGGAUGGAACUUCAUCUACGAUUUUUAGUGGAGUUGCCAUUUACGUUAAUGGAUAUACAGUUGAAAAUGUUAAUAGCUCUAAUGUGUGUGAAUCAGGAUUUUCUCACUACUAUGCUGAAAGGCAAAAUGGUAACAGCUUAUUUUCCCCAAGUAUUGAACUCUUAGUGUUACUUUUUUGUUUCAGCAUCAAAGCUGGACGACUGCUGUCCUGCAUUCCCUAUCAGCUGUACAGCAAGCAGUCCAACAUGCAGAAAGGUCUCAACUUUAAUCCUGCGUGCAAAGCUGAGGAACCUGGGCCAGGUCCAAGCAGUGUAGCCAAACAGCUCAACAACGGGGUAAAUCACAUAAUUAAGAAGAUUGAGACAGAAAAUGAAGUCAAAGUCAAUGGAAUGAACAGUUGGAAUGAAGAAGAUGCAGAUAAUGAUUUUAGUUUUACGGAGCUGGAGCAGAUCUUUCCAGGAAGGAAACAAAACGGAAUUCCGCAUCACAGAGACAGCACUGCCAUUUUUAAUGGACACACUCCUAGCUCUAAUGGUGCCUUAAAGACGCAGGAUUGCUUGGUGCCCAUGGGCCACAGUGUUGCCAGCAGGCUUUCUCCAGACUUCGCCCAGGAGGAGGAGCAGGCCGAGAAGAGCAGCACUGACUUCAGAGACUGCGUUGUGCAGCAGUCGCAACAAAGCACUAGAAACACAGAUGCCGUGCGGAAUCCACACAGAACUAAUUCCUUCUCCUUAUCAUCUUUGCACAGUAACACUAAAAUAAAUGGUGCUCACCACUCCGCUGUUCAGGGGCCUUCAAGCACAAAAAGCACUUCUUCAGUACCUACUCUUAGCAAGGCAGCACCUUCAGUGCCAUCUAAACCCUCAGAUUGCAAUUUUAUUUCAGACUUCUAUUCCCGCUCAAGACUUCAUCACAUAUCAAUGUGGAAGUGUGAAUUGACUGAGUUUGUCAAUACCCUACAAAGACAAAGUAGUGGUAUCUUCCCAGGAAGGGAAAAGUUAAAAAAAAUGAAAACAGGCAGGUCUGCACUUGUUGUAACUGACACAGGAAAUAUGUCAGUAUUGAGUUCACCCAGGCAUCAGAGCUGUAUAAUGCAUGUUGAUAUGGAUUGCUUCUUUGUAUCAGUGGGUAUACGAAAUAGACCAGAUCUCAAAGGAAAACCAGUGGCUGUUACAAGUAACAGAGGCACAGGAAGGGCACCUUUACGUCCCGGCGCUAACCCCCAGUUGGAGUGGCAGUAUUACCAGAAUAAAAUCCUGAAAGGCAAAGCAGCAGAGAUACCAGAUUCAUCAUUGUGGGAGAACCAAGAUUCUGCACAAGCAAAUGGGAUUGAUUCUGUUUUGUCAAAGGCUGAAAUUGCCUCUUGUAGUUACGAAGCCAGGUAUGUGGAAAUUAAGUGUGUUGUAAUCCUUAUAAAUAGUUAA